UCUUGGUUCAAAAUCCCGCGUGCGCGUGUAUAUUUUCAAUUACAAAACCGCAUGACCUCACGUAUGCCUGGACGUUUGUGGGAAAUACUCUCGGUAUGAUAAAGUCAAGUUUCCCAGAAAGACAAUUGCGAUUUACGCGCACGUCUUCCUCCUCGCGGUUCGGUAUAUAAAAGGCCUCGUGGUGCCCUUGAGAUGUUUUUAGUGCUCGCUGGUGCGGCACUUAACGUGCCUAACCGGUUUCACGUGCGUGAGUUUCCUGCUCGCAUUAGACUCGCCAGUACCGAACUGUCCUCCUCUGCAGAAACGUCAUGAAACGCCUGUUCGUUAUUCUUUUGAGUGUCGUUUUCGUGUUCGCCGAUGACAAUCUCACCGACGAACAACAUGAGGUCGCCGCACCGAUUGGAAGAAUUCGCGGUUCCAUCAUGACCUCCAGACUUGGCAAGAAAAUCUAUUCCUUCCGCGGUGUCAGAUACGCCGAACCGCCGACCGGACAGCAACGUUUCCAAGUCGCAAUUCCAGCGGCGGAUUGGACCAAUGUUUUCGAUGCGACUAAAGAAGGCCCCGCCUGUCCAGCGAUGUUUGAACAGAAUAUAAUGGAGGAUUGUCUCCGUGUGAAUGUCUACACGACGAAAUUACCAUCGGAGAACGAUCCCGUGAAAAGACCUGUACUAGUAUUUUUCCAUCCUGGUGCUUUUUACUUGUUCUCGGGCCAAAGUUCUAAUUUCGGACCUCAGUAUUUAUUGGACAAAGACAUCGUUCUCGUCACCGUCAAUUAUCGUCUUGCGUCGCUAGGCUUUCUGAGCACCGGCGAUUCGAAGGCACCGGGUAAUUUAGGCCUGAAGGAUCAAGUCGUGGCGCUUCGAUGGGUUCAAAGGAACAUAGCUGCCUUCGGCGGUGACCCCGAUAGCGUUACUAUAUCCGGCUACAGCAUCGGUGGAGUGAGCGUGAUGUUGCACAUGGUCUCGCCGAUGUCCAAAGGAUUGUUCCAUCGGGCGAUUAUGAUGAGUGGCGGGCCGCCGAAAGAACCGUACCCAACCGAACAACUGCACUUAGCGAAGAAACAAGCCGAAUUAUUAGACUGCCCGACCGACACUACUGGCUCUAUGCUAAUUUGUUUGAACUCCAAGCCAGUGGAGAACUUCACAGAUACCAUACCCAAGUUUUUUGAAUGGUACUUUCAUCCAAUGUUAAUAUGGACACCCGUAGUGGAACCUGAGGUUCACGGCGUGGAAAGAUUCUUGCCAGAACAGCCCAAUGAUCUUAUUAGAAAAGGGCAGUUUCACAAAGUUCCGCUGAUCGCAGGAGUUACUAAAAACGAAUUCGACAGUGUGGCCGCCUUUGUCAAGAAGCAACACGAACUCGGAAAUGAUUCGAUGGUGGACGACUUGAACAAUGACUGGUACAGACUCGCACCUAUUAAUUUCUUGUACGACCGGGAUACACCUCGAUCCAGACACAUAAGUACCGAACUACGCAAAUUUUACUUUGGAGACAAACCGGUCGGUCCAGAUACUUACGACGGUUUCGCACAUAUGAACAGUGACGGCAUAGUUAUAUACCCGAUGCAUCGUUCUGUAAGAUUGAUCGCAGAAAACUCCAAUCAACCUGUCUACUAUUAUAUGUCUUCUUAUCAAGGACGAUACAGUUUUGCCAUGUGGAAUAAAACCACACCAUACGGAGUGGUGCAUCAUGACGAUUUGCAAUAUCUGUUCGUUAUGAAUGCAACGUUCUUUGGGACAGUCAAAAUCCCGUAUUUCGAAAACGAUGCCCCGGAAAUUCUUAUGGUGGAACUGAUGACAAGCAUGUGGUCGAACUUUGUUCAAACCGGACAGCCGGUGUCUCCAGCUUUGGAAGCAAAGAAUGUUACGUGGGAACCAUAUUUACUAGAAAGAGAUAAUUAUCUAGAAAUCACCGAGGAACCAAGAAUGAAGACAGGAUUGUAUCCCGACAGAAUGCAAAUAUGGGACAGUUUGUUUUCUUUGAAUCCGAAGUAGAAAUCGAUUCAAUCUCUAAAAUCGAUUUCAUAACGUGUAACAGAUAUGCUGACUUGUGGUUUCGUCCGUUAAGUAAGAGUGAGAAAAAACAUAUAUUAAUUCUAUUACUCGACAAAUGCAAUACAGUUACAUCAUUAUAGUGUUUUAUAAAAAGUAAUCUGUUUUUUAAUAAAAAAAUUGUUUUUGCAAAACUA